GCUGUUGUUGAGCAUGGGAGCGAGUCUAUUCUUUGCAGUUCAGCUGAUGCUGAUGGCUCGCCGGACUUUCCUUCUCCCCCUGGAUCUUAUCAAGCCAGCUGUUUAAGCUGUGCACCAUGCCCCCCCACCACCUACACCCAGAGGGAAAACCAGGAACAUCAGUGCCACCCCUGCAGAAGGGACUGCAAACCUGAGUUCAACAUGGAGGUGGUUGAAGUUUGCAGUAGCAAGUCUAACAUGAGAUGUCGCUGCAAGGCUGGGUUCACAUGCACAAAGAAAGACACAGAUGAUAUCUGUUUACGCUGUGAAAAGGAAUUUACUCCAACUACAGUAAAAAUACAUGACAACACCAAGACGACCAAGUCAUCGUGUGAGGAGGGCUCUUUUUUAAGUUCAACUUCUGGACGCUGUGAGAAACACAGAAACUGUACCGCUAUGGGACGUAAAGUGCAGACUCCAGGAAACACCACCUACGACACCAUCUGCCUGUCACAAUCUUCCCCGGCAUCAGGGGAUGCAGCUUUUCAGUGGCAGUUGCCUCUGGUGGUGAUUUGCAUGGCAGUCUUUGCCUUUCUCCUUCUGUUUGCUUUCUUGUACAGUCACAGAGAGGGAGAGGGAGCCUGUCUUAAGCAAUUGCUGAAGAGUUGCUUUCCAGGCAGUGAUAAAGCAGCCAUGAACGCAGCUACACUCCACAAACCCAAGGGGCCAGUGGCAACAGUGGAUUACCAAGAGACUCAUUCUGAUUCAUUGCCAUCAGCCAUUUACAGCAACAGCCCUGCCUCAUCUCAGCCAGGAGCUUUGGGUCCUCUCUACAUAAACCAUCCAAGCACCGUCUUUGUCAGCCUACUGAAUCAGUUUGGCUUAGGGGGAGCAGAAGGAGGAGGAGGAGGUGGAGGAGGUGGCCGUGAGAAAGAGCGAGAUUGUGCAGAGUAUGACAACCCGAUGCCUGAGGGAGGUGAAACUCACUCUCCUCCUUCUCCCAUCCCUCUGUCCACAGAAGAAAUGAGCCGGGAGGAGACCUCUGUUCCCUCUCAGGAGCAAGGGAAAGAGAGCCAUAUGUCUAAAGAGGAAGAGCUCUGAUGGAAGAAGUGAGGGCAGGAGGACAGAGAGAAACAGCUGCAUAUACACAGGCAGAGAGAGAGAGAGAAACAGAGGGAUAGUUACAGAGAGAUCUAAACAACUAACAUUAACCUGGUGCUCACAGUUAUACAAAACCCUGUUAUUGCCAACUGUCAUGUUAUUGCCAGCUCUCUGAGAUAGUAAUCUCACAUGGAUCAGACACAUUUCACUGGUGCACCUACAAUUUCCUCUCAACCUUUUUUGUCAUUUCCUCUGAUAUUUAUCUUCCUUCACUAAAAAUAGAUGUUCACUAACAGGGUGUGGGCAAGUGGGUUAGUUAAACGGUCUCAGAAUAGCCUCUCGUCUGCCAAUCACGUAAUUGACAUCACUCAGGGACCAUCACAUCUGGCCAUCACAUACUUCUGCAGUCUGAUACAGAAAGCCCUGUGUUUUUAUUGAUGUGAUGAUCGAUGAUGAUUUUAACAUAAGGUCCAAAGGCCAGAGAACACAGGCAUCACUAGGACUAAUGUCUACACUUUGUUACCCCUGCUGAAAAAAACAGCUAGAGACUAGUAGCUGGUUUGAGCUGCUUUUAUCUCGUCUUUGCUGGUUUUCUUCCAGCUCUUGCUGGUCUUUGCUGGUGUAGGUGCUUGGGCAACCAGGCGGACAUGCUGGCAUGACCAACUGAGGAAGCUAGUCAUGCUGGUGUGACCAGCCUGUCAUGUCGGAUAAAGCUGGUGUAAGAUGGUCAUGCUGGUGACCAACCUACAAGCUUGACAUUGUUGUAAGAUUGUCACGCUGGUUUGCUAGAAUGGCCAACAUAAGCUGGCAUGGCCAGUUAAACCAGCAAUGUAGAGACCAGCAACACCAACCAGCAAAACCACCAGCUUGAGGUGGUAUGACUAGCAAAACCAGUUGAAUCACCAUUGUAAACUGGGUAAACCAUGUUUUCGCAAGAGUUGUGUUGGUCUACUGUAGCUGGUCAACCAGCAAACCACCUUAAGCUGGUCAGGCUGUUGUUUUCAGCAGGGACUACACUCCUAAAACGAAUGUGUUGAAAGCAACACAACGUUUUUAACACAUCUCUGUGUCCAGAGAGGGACAACACAGUUUGUGUUGUUUCCUUUUUUAUUUGUUACACAAUGUAUUUAAAAUAACACAACUUGCAUUGGGUUUUUUUAACACAUCUCUGUCCACAUCCAGAUAGGGACAACACAUUCAUCAUUCCUUUUAAGAUGUAAAAUGAUAAUAUCAUAAAUGAAGUUUGCUUUAUUUAUUCUGUGUUUUAGUGCCAAUCUGCCAGAUUUCUCACAGCACUGUAAAUAUCUCUUCAGAGACUUCAAAGUCAGGUGCCUGUAAUGGAUCAGAUGUUCUUGUACAGGUUGGCAAUCCAUUCCAGUAUAUGCUUGUUUUUAUGGAUCUAAGGAAGCGUGCUAAGCUUAUUAUGUACUUUAUAUGGAAGUGCAAUAAAUUAAUAAAGAGAUUUCUUUUAAUGAGA